GUCGUCUACGCCCGGCGAAGGACGUAGCUCGGCGGAGAAGCGCCGGUAAGAAGGGACGGGUGAGGAGAAAAGCGGCUGCAGCGGCGCCCGGAGCGGGGACCGUGGGGAGGUCCCUUCCUCCCAGGUGCCAACGGACGCGCCCCCAGCGUUCCCAACAGCCUGCGGCUUCGGCCGGCGGAACCCGCCCUCCGGCAGUGCCGCGGCGCGCUGCUCGGGGCGGGCUGGGAGCGCAGAGAGCGGCCGCAGUAGCGGGACCGAGUGUCCGGGGCUCCGAGAGAGGCCGAGGCCGGAGCCGGAGCUCAGCGCGGGGCUGGGGCGGCGGGCGCGAGAGGGAGUCCCCGAGCGGCUCGGCGCGCACUGCAGCCUCUCCCGCGGCGCCUCUGACCUUUCACCUACAGGAAAAGCUUCCGUCUCGGCGGCGCUGCCGCUUCCCCCGCCUGAGGAAGCCGCGCGCCGCCCCCGGGCCCGGGGCGCCGCUUGGGCUCGAGCGCCGGCGGGAUGCUGAGAGGCCGGCCUGGCUGCGAGUGGUCGCGAGCCGAGGCCCGGAUCCCUUUCACCGCGAGCCUCUGGCUAGUACUCGUGCUUACACAGGACGGACGGAAUAAUGCUCUCAACUUUCACGACCGACGGGGGCGGGAGUGGCCGCUGCCUUUGGACCUGUAUCUUUUGAGAAAUAAAAUGGAACGGCCAAGGGUCCUCAGUGCAGUGGGCAUGUCCAAGCUUCCAGUAGCUCUUUUGUUAAGAAACUGUACCUCCGACUCCAGCAGAUGCCGUUUUACGAAUGACAAAUGUUGCCAAACCUGUCUCGUAACCUUCACUAAAUACGUCAGCUGUUUAAAAAAUAAUAAUAAUAACUGGAAAGGAAAAGCAAAAAGACUUGAAAUUAAGCCCUUUAGGGGUUUUGUGCCUCCGGAACUUGUAAAUAGGCCUUCGACUUUGGAGGGAUUUUGAACAGUGACUGCUCUGCGGACACUUGGCAAUUAAAUCAUGGCAACCAUAGAAGAAAUUGCACAUCAAAUUAUUGAACAACAGAUGGGAGAGAUUGUUACAGAGCAGCAGACUGGCCAGAAAAUCCAGAUUGUGACAGCACUUGAUCAUAAUACCCAAGGCAAACAGUUCAUUCUGACAAAUCACAGUGGCUCUACUCCAAGCAAAGUCAUUCUGGCCAGGCAAGAUUCUACUCCAGGAAAAGUUUUCCUCACAACCCCAGAUGCAACAGGUGUCAACCAGUUUAUUUUUACAACUCCUGAUUUGUCUGCACAACACCUCCAGCUCUUAACAGAUAAUUCUUCCUCCGAACAAGGACCAAAUAAGGUUUUUGAUCUUUGCGUAGUAUGUGGAGACAAAGCAUCAGGGCGUCAUUAUGGAGCAGUAACUUGUGAAGGCUGCAAAGGAUUUUUUAAAAGAAGUAUCCGAAAAAAUUUAGUUUAUUCAUGUCGAGGAUCAAAGGACUGUAUUAUUAAUAAACACCAUCGAAAUCGUUGUCAAUACUGCAGGUUACAAAGAUGUAUUGCGUUUGGAAUGAAACAAGACUCUGUUCAGUGUGAAAGAAAACCCAUUGAAGUAUCAAGAGAAAAAUCUUCCAACUGUGCCGCUUCAACAGAAAAAAUCUACAUUCGAAAAGACCUUCGAAGCCCAUUAGCUGCAACUCCAACUUUUGUAACAGAUAGUGAAACUGCAAGGUCAGCAGGACUGUUAGAUUCAGGAAUGUUUGUGAAUAUUCAUCAGUCUGGCCUAAAAACUGAGUCAACUAUGCUGAUGACACCAGAUAAGGCUGAAUCAUGUCAGGGAGAUUUAAGUACAUUGGCAAGUGUGGUUACGUCAUUAGCAAACCUUGGAAAAACUAAAGAUCUUUCUCAAAAUAGUAACGAAAUGUCUAUGAUUGAAAGCUUAAGCAAUGGUGAUACCUCUUUGUGUGAAUUUCAUCAAGAAAUGCAGACUAAUGGUGAUGUUUCAAGGGCAUUUGACACUCUUGCAAAAGCAUUGAAUCCUGGAGAGAGCACAGCCUGUCAGAGCUCAGUAGAGGGCAUGGAAGGAAACGUACAUCUAAUUGCUGGAGACUCAAGCAUAAAUUACAUCGAAAAAGAGGGGCCACUUCUCAGCGAUUCACAUGUAGCUUUCAGGCUCACCAUGCCAUCUCCUAUGCCUGAGUACCUGAAUGUGCACUACAUUGGGGAGUCUGCCUCCAGACUGCUGUUCUUAUCAAUGCACUGGGCACUUUCGAUUCCUUCCUUCCAGGCUCUAGGGCAAGAAAACAGUAUAUUAUUGGUGAAAGCCUACUGGAAUGAACUUUUUACUCUUGGUCUUGCCCAGUGCUGGCAAGUGAUGAACGUAGCAACUAUAUUAGCGACAUUUGUCAAUUGUCUUCACAGUAGCCUUCAACAAGAUAAAAUGUCAACAGAAAGAAGAAAAUUAUUGAUGGAACACAUCUUCAAACUACAGGAGUUUUGUAACAGCAUGGUAAAACUCUGCAUUGAUGGAUAUGAAUAUGCCUACCUGAAGGCAAUAGUACUCUUCAGUCCAGAUCAUCCAGGCCUAGAAAACAUGCAACAGAUUGAGAAAUUUCAGGAAAAGGCUUAUGUGGAAUUCCAAGAUUAUAUAACCAAAACAUAUCCAGAUGACACCUACAGGUUGUCCAGACUACUACUCAGAUUGCCAGCUUUGAGGUUGAUGAACGCUACUAUCACCGAAGAAUUGUUUUUCAAAGGUCUCAUUGGCAAUGUGCGAAUUGACAGUGUCAUCCCACAUAUUUUAAAAAUGGAACCUGCAGAUUAUAACUCACAAAUAAUUGGUCACAGCAUUUGAAAGCUGAGAUCUCAGUUUAAACUGAUUGUUCUUUCUUACUGGAACACAAGAAGACACCAAAUUGAACUCAUUGCUUCCAGGGCAUCUGGAAGUUUUUACUUUAAAGAGUAACCAAAAACCAAGAUAUUUUUAUCUUCCUUAAGAAGAAUUUUUGAAGUGACUAGGCAGGUAGCAGGAAUUAGAAUUUCCCUUCCUGUCUUAUUUGAGUGAGUAAAAAAUACUAUGAAUUUAUUCUUGGCUGAGAUGACACCUAGAGCCGUCACCUCUUGACUAAGAUAUCUCCUUUUAUUUUAUAAAACAAAUAAAUAAGUCUCUCUUUUUUUCCCAGAAUUGUGUUCUAUUCAUGUUUAACUUCAUUAUGAACUACUACAAACACUUAAUGGUCAGAAACCCCUAAGGAGGAUUUUCUUGCAUUUUACUCUUCUAUAUUAUAAUCUGUUUCUUUUAAUUACCUGUCAAAAGAAGAUUAUUUUAUGCUCAGUGGUAUUAUGAUAACAUUAGAACUAUAGGAAAUAAUAAGUGAAUAUAGGUAUUUUUUUGUCUUUUGUACAUAUCAUGGCAGCAUUAGCAUAUAUCACUCUCAUUGCUGGCAAUGAGACAUAGGCCAUUUGUGAUCCUUUUAGUGUUGUAUAUUAUUAGUUAUAAGCACUUUUUAUUUAUGUAUGUAGCAGAAAAUUGUUUUUGAGAAUAAGAAGGUUCAUGUUUUAAUAUUUUUGGUUUACUGUUUUAUAAAAGUAGCAGAGACUGAUUGAGCCCCAAAUGUUUCAAUAUUUCAAAAUAGAUAUUAAAAUUGUUGCUCUUCCAUUCCACAGAAAGCGUCUAUCAUCUCUCCCUCUUUUCUGACCUGCAUUUAUAGUUUCCUGACCCUUCUGUGGGUUUUAGACAAUUUCUUUUAGGUCAUUAGAAAUACCUACUUUGUGAAAUAAUGGAUUUAUUGUAGCCAAUCUGUGUUUUCAAGAUGAGUUAGACAAUUAUUUUAAAGCAAUUGAUAAUUUUUUAAGACUUCAGGUUUUUAGCAUAUAAAGGAAUAUGCACUGGUUUUUCACUGUAAAAUGGGGAAGGGCUGUUUUAACAAUAGUGUGAGCAUCAGCCUGAAGUGCUGCCUUGUUACUACCACAGCAGAAGCAUUUUAGGCUCCUUGGAUGUCUUCCACAGUAAUGUUUUCCUUAGCAAAACCUAAUACUGUUAAAUAUUUCUUUGCUAUAAUUUCAUGAUGAAUUAUUUUGGUAUGUCUAUUUGUUGGCCUUUUUUUAAAUAUGGAGAUUUUAUUGCACUCAGAGUACAUUUUUUAUAAAGAUUUUUGCAAUAGAAGAGAAGCAGAAUUUGGGGGAAGGAUAUGGAUUUUACUAAUAGUUACUUUAUAGUAAAUAAGAAGUUUUAAAGUAUCAAUUUACAGUCUUUAUCAACUUAUUAAGGGAAACAUUUUUCCCUAUUUAAAACAUGAAUUUUGUCAACAGAUUUAUUUAUAAUUAUCAGCUGGGAAAACUACAUUUAGUACAAAAUACUUAGAUGGAAUAAUCAGUAGGUUUAUAUCUUUAUAAACCCAGUGAAGUAAGCCAGGGAUUCAAGAAAAAAUUCUUUUAAAUAAUGUACUAAUGGUUAAUUAAGAUACAUGUUUCAGGUAUUUUUCCUGAUUAUAGUUAUAUUUGGAAGUGUUUUUUAAAACUAUAUUAAAAUGUGACCUGCAUUACAAA